AGUGCUGGGGAACGGUCGACGGUUUCUCCGCGACGAUUUGAAUCCGAAACUUGAAUAAAAAAGAGCGAGCUUUGAGUCUGGUUUCUGUGCUGGCUUUCCAAGUCCCAUCCAAGUAAUAAUGAGCGGUUGUUUUCGCUCCAAACGUAAACUGACGAUGGCCGUGAGUGCUUGUGUGAUCAUCGCGGUGAUGGCCCUCACCGUCGGCCUUUGUGUGGGCCUGGGCAGUGGCGCCGAAGGUCGUGAGGAUCAGCCCAGGUUCACCAUAGACCAUGAGGCCAACAGCUUCAUGCUGGACGGAGAGCCUUUCCGCUAUGUCUCUGGAUCGUUCCACUACUUCCGGGCGGUGCCAGAGGCCUGGCGCAGUCGAUUGCGAACCAUGCGAGCAUCCGGUCUCAAUGCACUUGAUACCUAUGUGGAAUGGUCUCUUCACAAUCCCCACGAGGACGAGUACAACUGGGAGGGUAUUGCUGAUGUGGUCAAGUUUCUGGAAAUUGCCCAGGAGGAAGAUUUCUACAUUAUCCUCCGCCCAGGACCCUAUAUAUGCGCUGAAAGAGAUAACGGCGGGCUUCCCCACUGGCUCUUUAAGAAAUACCCCUCCAUUAAGAUGCGAACCAACGAUCCCGACUAUAUUGCCGAGGUGGGUAAGUGGUAUGCCCAACUGAUGCCGCGACUCCAGCACUUGCUGGUCGGCAAUGGCGGUAAAAUAAUCAUGGUCCAAGUGGAGAACGAGUACGGAGACUAUGCCUGUGACCACGACUAUUUGAACUGGCUGCGUGACGAGACUGAGAAGUACGUGUCCGGCAAGGCCCUGCUCUUCACGGUGGAUAUCCCCAACGAGAAAAUGAGCUGUGGAAAAAUAGAUAACGUGUUCGCCACCACGGACUUUGGCAUCGAUCGCAUUCAUGAAAUCGAUGAAAUAUGGAAAAUGUUGCGAGUCCAACAACCAACUGGCCCGCUGGUCAACUCGGAGUUCUACCCCGGUUGGCUUACCCAUUGGCAGGAGCAGAACCAACGGCGAGAUGGCCAGGAGGUAGCCGAUGCAUUGAGAACCAUUCUCAGCUACAAUGCCAGCGUUAACUUGUACAUGUUCUUCGGUGGCACCAACUUCGGAUUCACUGCCGGAGCCAACUACGAUUUGGACGGAGGGAUUGGUUACGCAGCGGAUAUCACCAGCUAUGACUAUGAUGCGGUGAUGGAUGAAGCCGGUGGAGUGACCUCCAAAUACGACAAAGUCAAGGCUGUAAUCGGAGAGUUCCUGACGUUGCCCGAGAUAACGUUGAGUUCUGCCAAGCGCAUAGCCUAUGGAAAGGUGGAGGUAACUCCCGCGCUGGCCCUGCUCUCGGCAGAGGGAAGAGCUGCCCUGGCCAAGGGCGAUCCUGUGGAGUCGGUCAAGCCCAAAACGUUUGAGGAACUUGAUCAGUAUUCGGGACUGGUACUGUACGAAACGGAGCUUCCUACCAUGGACCUAGACCCUGCCCUCCUCAAGGUGGAUCAGAUCAAUGACCGUGCGCACGUCUUUGUCGACCAGGAACUGGUGGGCACUCUAUCCCGCGAGGCCCGGAUCUACUCUCUGCCACUUAGUAAAGGCUGGGGCAACACUCUCCAGCUGCUUGUGGAAAACCAGGGAAGGAUUAAUUUCUAUAUUUCCAACGACACGAAGGGCAUUUUCGGCGAUGUAAGCCUGCAGCUACACAAUGGUGGCUACUUACCGCUGGAGAACUGGAGGAGUACGGCCUUUCCGCUCGACCAAGCCUCUGUGGAGCUCUGGCGCCAAGAGCGUAAUACCCAAAAAGACCUGGACUCGUUUCUGGCCAGGCAACGCAUCCUGCGCAACGGACCCCUUGUGUAUACAGGCACCUUCACGGUGGGUGAAGUGGGCGAUACCUACCUGAACAUGGCUGGAUGGGGCAAGGGUGUGGCCUAUGUGAACGGCUUCAAUCUGGGACGCUACUGGCCUGUAGCCGGUCCCCAGGUUACCUUAUAUGUGCCAAACGAAAUCCUCAAGGUGGGAGACAACUCUCUUGUCAUCCUGGAGUACCAGCGCGCCAAUAAGACGGCCAACGGUGCCGAUCUGCCCGCCGUCCAGUUCGAUGCAGUGGCCCAGCUGGAUGGUCAGUCCGGAGACGUUACUCUCAAAUAAUGCGCCAUCGAUUGUUAUUCAUGAUUUUUUUUAUUUAAAGCAGUUUUGAUUGAUAUUUGCACAACAACCUUUGUUAAGCUAUAUAAUACAUUUUCUAGUUCUUAUCAUUACCCAUUAUUUUCUAUUUAAAUAAAUUGUUAAUGUGCUUGACUGA